AGCAAUCAGAUACUUUAUUAGGGCCACCCUUGUCUUCAGCCCCAGUGGGACUACAGGAUGCUUUCUGACGACGGCGCUCAUCUUUCAACUUACGCGCAAGUUGGUGAUCAUAGAAGCAGAAGAACAAAACAUGACAAGAACAGCGAUGCUUAAUGCCGACUAAUCCACAACGUAUGGCAGCUUACCAUAUCUUGUAGACUGCACGGCAAGAAUACCGUAACGUGGGUGAAGAGAAAUUUCGGCAAAUUUCCCUGCGAAACGGAAAGUAUUCCUCUGACAAACCGGAUCCUUUCUCCUAAACAUUUCUACAGUGGGUACAUGGAAAGUAGCGUUCGUACUAACUCUUUGCAGUUGUUGUUUGUUUUUUUAUAUGUAAAUUACUGAGCUCUAUUUGCACAAGGCACUGGUGAGAGCCCAACUGAGGAUAACUUGUGCUAAAUUUUAGCACACGUCUUGGCCGACUGCCUUGUAGACCCCGAAUUUCUGUGGGAGGGUAUCUGUGGAGCCCACUCCUCUCGCCGGAGGAGACCCAUUGCCGUGGUUUGAGAGCUAUAAAACAUUUGCCUCCCCCACGGAACUCUCUUCCCUUUGUCGCGCUCUCAACUGUCCUUCGUAGUGUGCAGUGAUUGCAUUUGCGUGACGCUCACUCGGUUCCUGUUUGCAGGCAUAGUGGCAUUUCGCUUGCAGUGUGUUUUUGAGCGGUACAGGGGAGGUUUUUGAUUGAGCAACGGCGGCGAUUGGUUUUAGCCAAGUUCUGUGCUGCGAGAGUGAGAGUGUACCUUUUUCUAGGUGCUGUUAUCGCGGAUACAAUUUGUCGAAAUCACAAUAACGUCUUGCAAUAGAUCUUUGCGAAGGUCAGCGACGGUCGCAUUCUCGGUUGUUCACGACCCAUUUGGACGCUUAAGUCGAAGAAUUUGAAUGAGUGUGGAAGCAUUCGACAAGUCUUGUGUAAAGGAGUAUUUAUCUUUGAAGCCAUAGAGUUGAGCAGGAAGGACGCACUCAAAGUGUCCCAGUGAACAUUACAUUUCCAAAAUGAUCACCAGCAAGGCCAUUCCUAUUUGCCGAAGCGCGUUCCAGGGCGAGUACCUGGUUUCCUCCUCACCGAAGAGUGUUGGAGCUCUGGGUUCAAGCUCCAGUCCCAAACGGAAAUCUGGGUAUGGUAUGGUUACGAUGGCGUACACCGGCGGAUCUGUGAAGGACCCCUACUCCACUCUCGGUGUCUCACCUGGCGCUACCAAGCACGAGAUCAAGAAAGCUUACAGACGCCUUGCGCUUCAAUACCACCCUGAUGUCUGUGACGGCAAUCACUGCACCACAAGUUUCCAACAAAUCAACCAUGCUUACGAGUCGCUUCUGAGCAUGUCAACCCCUCAAUUCGGGGAGUUUGAGGACGACUUGUCGGACAAUCUAGAAGGAUUCGCAGGAGUAAGCGGUGAUUCUUGGGAGGACUGGGAGGAGUGGAUGGGGUGGGAAGGCGCCGGCACCCGGGACUACUCCAAUCAUGUCAACUACGCUACCUAAGUGUAUGCAUUCCGCGGCAUUUGCUGUGACUAUCGUGUAAUUACAGGUUGUAUAAUGAUGAGCGCUUUCUCCAGCUGCGAAUGGAGUGACUUGGAUUCAAGGUAUGUAAAUAGCGGCGUUUAUUUUACGCGUCUAUGGUUUUCCAGCCCUGGAAUGGCAGGGGCUGCUCCUCAUCUAGCAACUCUUCUGAUUUCUGCUGGCAGCUUAUUAUACUAAAGCAAAAACUCUUGAAUUACGACGUUGUCCAUCUGUUCACUGUGUAGCCAAAAGGCUGUGUGUGAGAUUGAGACUCUUAUUCUUUUUCCGUGGCUGUGGCCAUGUAUAACACCAACUGUUUGGUGUGAUUUUGCAAUGAAAAACCGAUUAACAUUUGGUUCCA